UGUCUCUUGUGCUCCCUCCUUUUUGUUUUACUGUCUGCCUCUUGCUCUUCCAAGAUUAUUUAUCACUGACAGUAUCUGCAGAUGGUUCAACUGAUUCUGCCGAGCUGAUCAUGGAUUACUCUCAGCCCUUCUCCGUCUUGAAUCAGAGGCUGCGACCUCGAUACCUCAGCAUCGCACAGCUCGUCUCCCCUCUACAAGAAGUGGAUGAAACACAGGUGGGCUCUCUCAGGAGUAAAACUACAUCCCAGCGACCAACAGUUAUGCCAGCAGAGAUGGAUCCAAAAGACUCUGUGACUAAAACAGAACCAGGAGAUCCAGAAGAAGCUGGAAAUAAAGAGGAAUUGGUUUCUGAUGGCCUACAAGAAGAAAUCUUUGCUGCUCUGCCGGGCUUUCCCACCUCAAGCCUUCUCACUGAGAUGAAUUUGACAGAUGUUGGUGAAGGGGAGAGCGCCGACGACGACAGCGGCACCUCACAGAAAGGCAGUUCAGGUGAGCAGACUUCAGACGGGACAAGAGACUCUACAGGAGCUUUGACUGGUGAAGAUGGGAGCCCUUUCCAGAGGGGCUUCUUCGACGGGACCUUACCAGACCUGCUAAAAAAUGGCAAGCCGCUUGGCAGACGCAGGACACUGGGACAUGUCUCUGAAACGCUUAAAGAAGUACGCAGAGAAGUGGAGCUGUCUCGGAGGAGAAGCAUCAAGCUGAAGGCCCAGGUGGACAAACUACAGGAGAGAAGAGAUGGACCGGGCUGGAGUCAGCACAGAGAGAGGGUCACAGAGGAGGUUCUGUCCAUUCUGAGGCUGCUGCACCCGCUGACGGAGCCGGAGUCCAGCCAACCGGAGCCGUGUGAAGGGGAAAACUGCCUGGACGCUGCUCUGGCACAGCUGCAGAAUGUGGCCCGCAAACUGGCAAUCAGCCAAACCAAACAGGAUAUAAAACCUGGAAAAAAGGGAGAAGAGGAGAGUGCUAUUCUGCAGCAGGCCCUGUGGGACAGAGAUGAAGCCAUAGAGAAGAAGAAAGCGAUGGAGGCCGAGCUGCUUCGGAGUAAGACGGAGCUGAUGGCACUGAACAACCAGCUGCUGGAGGCUGUGCAGAAACGUCUGGAGCUGUCGCUGGAGGUCGAGGCCUGGAAGGAGGACGUUCAGCGGAUCCUCCAGCAGCAGCUACAGAAUCAGCAGCAGGCAGAACAGGCUCAGAAGAAGACUUCUCGUCUGGGCAUCCUCAGGAGAAACAACAAACCGCCCAUCCAGCGGCCGUCCAACUUCCCUCUGUCCACGCCAAGCCCUCCCACUACCAACACGAAGCAAAUCUUCCUCUCCAAAUCUGCUGCUUCGGGUCCCAGCACGCCUCCUUCCAGCCUCAGGUGGAAGCCGAGGAGGGGCAAGAGCAGCCGUCAAGUAGACCAGGAUUCAGAGUUCGGUCGGGAAGAUGACGGCUUCCGGAACGUAUCACUUGAUUAAAACAGUGCUGACACUGAGUGCACUCUUACAUCUACUUAAAGUCGUUCUUCAGUCCUUACUGUCCCUUACUGAAUCAUGUUUAACACUCAAAGGUUGUUUUUACAUUUAUCUGCUGAAGGGUGAAGCUUCACUUAAAAUCUGAGCUUAACGUGCACGUGAGCAGCAUUUUGUGACGACACAACUAGUUUGGACAAGAGCCAUGCACUAAUAUGUAGCCGGCGAUGUGGAAAUGCUCCAGUACACAAACAUAGAGGAGGAACUUUUCAUCGGAUUAGGAGAAUUCUAGUGUCCGGCAGUUACACUUGUACAAUAAACUAUAUUUGCAUAUUCAUAGAUUCUGGAUGUCUCAGUGAGGAAGGAGGCAAAGAUGCCAUUUUAAUGAAGUAACUGAACUUCUUUUGUUGAAAAAAAACAUAUCAUGCACAAAUUAUUAUUAUAACAGAGUAUUUUUUAUGUUUUAUAUUUUCUUGGGAAACAUGCUUUAGAUGUAUGUACGAAAUAUAACGGAUUGUGAAUGUGCCAAGUAAAUAUUGAAAACUAACACUUAAAUGCCUUACACUUACUGACCUAAUAUUUGUUACUUCUUGUAAAUAAAUGAAAUUAUUAUACAAACUCUUUUAAAUCUCUAAGUCAGACUGUCAUUGAUUUUCUGACAUUCACAUCACCAUAAAAGACAGAAAAAUAAAUUUUGUUGCAUUGACUA